CUGACAGGCCCCAUUCACUGCAGAGACACAUGUUGUUGAGAUCAGAGCUCAACCCGGCCUCAUUUAUAAGGAAGUGAAACUCAGACAGUCGUUGUCACUGAGAGGUGAAAUGGCGCAGAAAGGAGUUCAGCUGGACCGAGAAACCUUCUCUUGUUCCAUCUGUCUGGAUCUACUGAAGGAUCCGGUGACUACUCCCUGUGGACACAGCUACUGCAUGAACUGUAUUAAAAGCUACUGGGAUGAAGAGGAUGAGAAGAAAAUCCACAGCUGCCCUCAGUGUAGGCAGACCUUCACACCGAGGCCUGUCCUGGUAAAAAGCACCAUGUUAGCAGUUUUAGUGGAGGAACUGAAGAAGACUGGACUCCAAGCUGCUCCUGCUGAUCUCUGCUAUGCUGGACCUGAAGAUGUGGCCUGUGAUGUCUGCACUGGGAGAAAACUGAAAGCCCUCAAGUCCUGUCUGGUCUGUCUGGUUUCUUACUGUGAGAAACACCUCCAGCCUCAUUAUGAAUCACCUUCCUUUAAGAAACACAAGCUGGUGGACCCCUCCAAGAAGCUCCAGGAGAACAUCUGCUCUCGUCAUGAUGAGGUGAUGAAGAUGUUCUGCCGUACUGAUCAGCAGUGUAUCUGUUAUCUCUGCCCUGUGGAUGAACAUAAAGGCCACGACACAGUCUCAGCUGCAGCAGAAAGGACUGAGAGGCAGAGAGAGCUCGAGGUGAGUCGACAAAACAUCCAGCAGAGAAUCCAGGACAGAGAGAAAGAUGUGAAGGAGCUUCAACGGGAGGUGGAGGCUAUCAAUCGCUCUGCUGAUAAAGCAGUGGAGGACAGUGAGAAGAUCUUCACUCAGCUGAUCCGUCUCAUGGAGAAAAGAAGCUCUGAUGUGAAGCAGCAGGUCAGAUCCCAGCAGGAAACUGAAGUGAGUCGAGUCAAAGAGCUUCAGGAGAAGCUGGAGCAGGAGAUCACUGAGCUGAAGAGGAAAGACGCUGAGAUGAAGAAGCUGUCACACACAGAGGACCACACCCAGUUUCUACACAACUACCCCUCACUGUCAGCACUCAGUGAAUCUACAUCCAGCAUCAAUAUCCGUCCUCUGAGGUACUUUGAGGAUGUGACAGCGGCUGUGUCAGAGCUCAGAGAUAAACUACAGGACGUUCUGAGGGACAAAUGGACAAACGUCUCACUGACAGUGACUGAAGUGGAUGUUUUACUGCCACAACCAGAGCCCAAGACCAGAGCUGAACUCUUAAAAUAUUCACGUGAACUCACACUGGAUCCAAACACAGCAAGUACAUGGCUGUUAUUAUCUGAGGGGAACAGAAAAGUAACAAAAAUGAGUGAACAACAGUCUUAUUCUAGUCACCCAGACAGAUUCACUGGAUGUGUUCAGGUCCUGAGUAGAGAGAGUCUGACUGGACGUUGUUACUGGGAGGUGGAGUGGAGAGGGAGAGGAGUUAAUGUAGCAGUCGCAUACAAGAAUAUCAGCAGAGCAGGGUGGUCAGAUGAAUGUAGAUUUGGAUUCAAUGACAAAUCUUGGAUGUUAAAUUGUUUCACAAACAGUUAUAGCUUUUAUUACAACAGGGUCCACACUCCUGUCUCAGGUCCUCAGUCCUCCAGAGUUGGAGUGUAUCUGGAUCACAGUGCAGGUAUUCUGUCCUUCUACAGCGUCUCUGAAACCAUGACUCUCCUCCACAGAGUCCAGACCACAUUUACUCAGCCUCUCUAUGCUGGAUUUUAUCUUAAUUACAGUGUUGGAGACACUGCUGAGUUCUGUAAACUGAAAUAGACAGAAGUCAUUUCAGGGACUUUGAGUUAAACUCUGAGUUUUAAUCCUUAAACUGAUUUUGUCUUCAUGUUUGUUGCUGAGAGCUGAUUGUUGUGGCGUUUCUUCACUGCACAGAGAUCAGCUGUCAAUCAAACAUUGUGGGCGGUACUUUGACAUCUUCUCAUUAGUUGUCCUGUAAAUGUUUGAGAGAAAGAACCAGACCUUCCUUUAUCAGAGAUAUUUUGUACAUUUGUAAAGAAAUCUAUAAUCACAUUUAUUUGUUUGUUGUUGUUGAUCAAAUGGAUGUAUAAAUCAGGUUCUGUGAGGUAUUAUAAAACUGUAAUUAAUCAAUAAGGAGAUGAUUGAUUGUUUCCUUGUACAUAGCUGAGACUGUAAUCAAACAAACUGAUUGUGUGGAUGAAGUGAAUCUGUACAUGAACUCAUUGAACAAGAGUCAUUGAACAGACUUUACUGAUGGGACGUGUGAACAAACUGAAGCUUUACAUCAUGAAUAAACAAACAUGAACAAAG